AUGCUGGAUGGAAAUAAGUCUUUGGUAACUGAUUUCAUCCUUGUGGGACUCUUUCCUGAGUUUUGGCAUUCCAUUGUCCUCAACUCACUGAUCAUCUUCAUCUAUAUCCUUGCUUUUCUGGGAAACAUACUUCUGAUUGUCUUGAUUUGGAGGGACUCCCGGCUCCAUACAUCCAUGUACAUUCUCCUCAGUCAACUCUCCCUUAUUGACUUGACAUUAACAUCCACCAUUGUCCCAAAGAUGGCCUCUAACUUUUUCACAGGGAAAAGGACCAUAUCGUGGAUUGGCUGUGGAACCCAGAGUUUCUUCUUCCUGAUGAUGGGAAUGUCAGAGUGUCUCAUCUUGACUCUCAUGGCUUAUGACCGCUAUGUGGCUGUCUGCAACCCACUGCGUUAUCCUACCAUCAUGAGCCCCAGGUUCUGUCUGCACAUGGUGGCUGCAUGUUGGACUGGAGGCUCUAUAAGUUCAUUUAUCCAUACGGUCUACCCUAUGCAUUUCCCCAUCUGUGGGUCAAGGGAGAUCCACCACUUCUUCUGUGAAGUCCCAGUCCUCAUUAAGCUCUCCUGUGAAGACACUUCAGUGUAUCAGUCAGUAGUGGUGGUGACAAGCAUUGUACUGCUCGUUGUGCCUUUUAGUCUCAUCACAGCUUCCUAUACUCUCAUCUUUCUCACUGUCCUCCAUAUGAACUCUGUCAAAGGCAGGAAGAAAGCCCUGGCCACCUGCUCUUCUCACUUAACUGUGGUGAGCCUCUUCUUUGGCCCAAACAUAUUUAUCUACAUGACUUUUACUUCUUCCCAUAGUCCAGAGCAGGACCAGGUUCUCUCUGUUUUUAGCAAUAUCCUUACACCCAUGCUGAAUCCCCUCAUCUACAGUCUGAGGAACAAAGAGGUGGUGGCAGCUCUCAGGAAGCUGAUGGAGAGAUAUGUGGUCUCUUAG